AUGUGUCUUCGAAUACGGAUCGCCCCAGAAAGUCUUGCAUGGCGAUACGGAAAUGUUCUUGCAACCGGUUUCAUCUUAACCCCCAAGGAGACUAAAAUCAUGGAUAGAGGAGGGGUAGGAUCUCCCGGCAGCGGGGAUGGCAUGACAAGCAUUCUCAAGAAGAGAACUGAAGUGGGGAAACUGGAGCUAGACACGCUCUGUUCAACCUCCUCAGAUUCCUGA